AUGACAUGCAGACACACAUACACAUAGUCCAGUUGGUGGUUGGAAGCGGCCCGCUGCGAUUCCAGCUGAGGAAAAAUAAGGGUAGGCUUUUGUGGCUUCAACUUGGAAAAGUGAGCCAACGCACAAAGAGGCCAGGAAGUGGCCAGAAGCCAUCGAGACUUGGACGGAAGCGGAGUCGUCGGUGGGAGUUACAACUUCUGGCAGAUAAGCGGAGCAGCUUUUUGGGAGCUCAGGAGGUGGAGGUGCCUGAAAAAAAAAUGAAAAAAAUGUGUGUACCCCAAUGGGAACUGUGAAAAAAUAGUGUCCAUUUAAAGGAAAUAUUAUACAAAAACUUUCCAAAAUAUAUCUCACAAAAAAACCACAAAACCUGCUGAAACCGGAAGUGCUGGAAAAAAGGACGAUCUGAAUCAGAUAGCUGCCAACCCCAGAUCCAGAUAAAAUCCACUUUUUGUCCUCCAACACCUCACAACCCCUAUUUAUGAUUAUCGUUCUGCUGCUGCUGUUCCAAUCGCUGUGCCUCUACUGCCAACGUCUGGUGCUCUACGUCCACGACCGAUGCUUCCCGAAAAACGUCCGCCUGCUCCAGGAGGUGGCCGAGACGGUGGGCGAUCGUAAGGCGCCCCAACGCCUGGCCGAGCAGCAGCUGGAGCAGCUAAAGCGUAGCCAGAAGCGGCGCAUCCUCGAGCCAGUCCUGCCCCUCGUCGGCGGCCUCAACUCGGAGGCCUGCCGGUUCUGUGCCCACAGUCCCCAGGGCUACUGUCGCCAUCACUUUCAUCUGCAGGAGCUGCAGUUGCACAAGCAGCGUGGCACUCGCGGUGACCAGGACUUCCGACAGGUACGGCGGAUUAAGCGGGAGCUGAAGAGAAGCAUCGGGCAGCAGCAACAACAGCACCAGGUUAGAAGCUAUCGUCCCCUGAGAUUAAGCGCCAGUUGGAGUAGCAACUCACUGAGCAGUGGCUACGGUUCUCUGGCCAGUUUCGGCAGUCAGGAACAGGUGGAAGUGCUAGAGGAUAGCGAGGUGUUUGAGGAGGAGACUCCAUUGCCACAAGAGGAAGCAGAGGAGCAAUCAGGAGUCUUGGAAGAACAAACGGAAGAGGAUAAUCGACCACUUCUAACCACUCACUUGUAGGCUUUGUUUCCAGCCAUCGCCGUU